AUGGCCACGCCCCUUUCGUCCCGCCCCCGCCAUUACUGCACCUCUUAUCACUGUACCUCUUAUCACUACCUCUUAUCACUGCACCUCUUAUCACUGUACCUCUUAUUCACCGUACUCUUAUCACCUCUUAUCACUGUACCUCUUAUCACUGUACCUCUUAUCAUCACCUCUUAUCACUGUAUCACACCUUCUAUCAUCACUUCUAUCACCGUCUUCUUAUCAUCCUCUUAUCACUGCACCUCUUAUCACUGUACCUUAUCACCGCCUCUUAUCACUGCACUCAUCACUGUAUCACUGCACCCUAUCACGUACCUCUUAUCACUGCACCUCUUAUCACUGUACCUCUUAUCACUGUACCUUCUAUCACUGUACCUUAUCACUGUACCUCUUAUCACUGUACCUCUAAUACUGUACCUUUAUCACUGUACCUCUAUCACUGUACCUCUUAUCACUGUACCUUUUAUCACCGUACUCUGGUACCGUACCUUUUGGUACCGUAAUUCUUGUACCACCGCACCUUAUACCGUACCUCUUGGUACCGUACUUAUUGUACUCUUGUUACCGUACCUUUUAUCACCGUACCUCUGGUACCAAACCUGGUACCUGUGUACCCUUUGUUACCGUACCUUUUGGUCCGUACCUUGUUACCGUACCUUUGGUACCGUACCUUGUACCGUACCUUUAUUGUACCGUACUUGGUAUCCGUAA